AUGAACUUGAACUGCCAGCCCCGUUGCCAGCCCCGCUCAACCAGCCCCGCUGCCAGCCCCGCUCAACCAGCCCCCCUGCCAGUCCCGCUCAACCAGCCCCGCUCAACAAGCCCCGCUGCCAGUCCCGCUCAACCAGCCCCGCUCAACAAGACCCGCUGCCAGUCCCGCUCAACCAGCCCCGCUGCCAGUCCCGCUCAACCAGCCCCGCUCAACCAGCCCCGCUGCCAGUCCCGCUCAACCAGCCCCGCUGCCAGCCCCGCUCAACCAGCCCCGCUGCCAGCCCCGCUCAACAAGCCCCGCUGCCAGUCCCGCUCAACCAGCCCCGCUCAACAAGACCCGCUGCCAGUCCCGCUCAACCAGCCCCGCUGCCAGUCCCGCUCAACCAGCCCCGCUCAACCAGCCCCGCUGCCAGUCCCGCUCAACCAGCCCCGCUGCCAGCCCCGCUCAACCAGCCCCGCUGCCAGCCCCGCUCAACCAGCCCCGCUGCCAGCCCCGCUCAACCAGCCCCGCUCAACAAGACCCGCUGCCAGUCCCGCUCAACCAGCCCCGCUCAACAAGCCCCGCUGCCAGUCCCGCUCAACAAGCCCCGCUCAACAAGCCCCGCUGCCAGUCCCGCUCAACCAGCCCCGCAGCAGGCCCAACACCCAUCAUCCCAGGCCCUCGGGUCGUACGACGGGUCCCCGAUACUUCAGUGAGAGCACCCCCCCCUACCCACCCACCAUGGCCCCCUUCCCCCAGCCUCCCCUCACUCCCCAGCCCUCAUCGUUCAUCUCUCACUCCAUGGAUCAGCCGCUGACCUUAGGAAAAGCGAGGAUGCACUUCCUGGCAGCGAGGGUGCACUUCCUGGCAGCGAGGGUGCACUUCCUGGCAGCGAGGGUGCACUUCCUGGCAGCGAGGAUACACUUCCUGGCAGCGAGGAUACACUUCCUGGCAGUGUGA